CAUUGAUAGGUGGCACUGACUGGCACUGAUAGGUGACACUGAAAGACAGCUCAGAUGGGCACUGAUAUGUGGCAUUGAUGUGCACUGGUAGGCACUGAUAUGUGGCAUUGAUGAGGCACUGAUGGGCACUGGCAGGUGGCAUUAAUGAGCACUGACAGCUGGUUAUGAUGGGCACUGACAGGUGGCACUUCUGGGGCCACACUGAUCAUCAGGGCACACUGAUCAUCAGUGCCCUGAUGAUCACAGUCAGCAUGACAGCUCGUGAGGUGAGAAAUGCCGAUAACCGGCAUUUCCCUAUUUACAUGUGAUCAGCUAUGAUUAGACACAGCUGAUCACAUGACCGAGCUG